ACAAGCAGCAACAGCAGCAGCAGCAGUUAGCCACAUUAGGGCCGAUGCGUAUUAACAUGCAAAAGUUUAGAAACAAACGAUUCUGCUCCUGAACGGAAGCAAGAACUACUGUGUGGGAAGUCCGAAACGGCUGUCGAAGAUAUGGACCGUUGCUGGCGCGCCUAACAGCCUGUUAUUGGUGUUAUUUGGAGCUUCAAAUGUCGGAAAAGUCGCUCGGUGUUUUGUCGUCGUUGAACAAGAUGGCAGCAGCAGCGGCGGCAGCAGGCAGUGCGCCUCCGAGCCUCGCUCUGAGCCCGGUUGUUGACGAUCUGGAUUAUAUGCUUCACUGGGUUUACUGAAGGUAUGGCCUCACAAGUCUUGGUCUACCCAUCACACCUCCACUCAGCUCAAACAAGUGCCUUAGGAACCAGCAGCAGUGGUACCAGCAGACGCACAGGUGAAAUUCACCGCAGUCACAACACCAGCAGAGCCUUUCGGAACAGAUCCCUGCCUAAGACCUACGUGAUUGGCGUCAACUACGGUAUUGCCUAUCCCAACAAUAUCCUCCCAUCCUCAACGGGUAUCGCUCCAGCAAGACUUAAGGGUGGACUCCAGUUUGAAGAAAGGGGAGUGUUGCCAUUGCAGACUGGAGGACUACAGAGAGAGGAAAGCUGUGAGAGACAAGCAGGUCCAGCUGGGAUCCAGGAUCGGGAAUCUCUUUGUCAGAGCACAGGACCACUGGAAGCGAGGCUUUGUGGGGACAGUGGUGGAACUGAUUUGGGAGGAGGGCGCUUGGAUUGUGGCCUACUAAGGAGGGCCUGUAUAAGAGGAGAGAAGGAAGAGAAGAGAAACGGAGUCCAGGCGAUAGCUGGAUACGUUACUCUUCUUGACACAGGUGGCACACAGAGAUGUGAAGAGAAGCCAGGUGAAGGUGGAGAACGACCACAGGAGAAAAAUUGUGUUGGAGCCAUGCAGAUAGUGGAGAAGGUGUCAAAGCUACCUCCACUUCCUGCUUCUUUGACCAUGUUGCAAACCAGCACCGGGAACAAUGCAGAUGCUGUCACAGUUGGAGGAGCAGGAACACUGCCUGCACAGCACAACAGGGUUCAGGCAGUGACCGUAGAUGGGGCUGAAACCAGACCCAACCCAAGUGCUGAGGCUGUCGCAGGAGUUUCUGUAACCAGAAGUGCGUCAGGAGAUGGUGAUUACCAGUUAGUCCAGCAUGAGGUUCUGUGCUCCAUGAAAAACAGUUAUGAAGUUUUGGAGUUUCUGGGCCGUGGCACAUUUGGUCAGGUUGUGAAGUGUUGGAAGAGGGGAACCAAUGAAGUGGUGGCUGUGAAAAUACUGAAGAACCAUCCAUCCUACGCACGCCAAGGACAGAUUGAGGUGGACAUACUGGCCCGUCUCAGCAGCGAGAAUGCAGAUGAGCACAAUGUGGUGCGCGCUCUGGAGUGCUUCCAGCACCGCAGCCACACAUGCCUCGUCUUUGAGAUGCUGGAGCAAAACCUCUAUGACUUCCUUAAGCAGAACAAGUUCAGCCCACUGCCACUCAAAAUCAUCCGGCCGAUUCUGCUGCAGGUUGCAACAGCCUUGAAGAAGCUGAAAUCUCUGGGUUUGAUCCAUGCUGACCUGAAGCCUGAAAACAUCAUGCUGGUGGACCCGGCCAGGCAGCCCUACAGAGUCAAGGUCAUUGAUUUUGGGUCAGCUAGUCACGUGUCAAAAGCCGUCUGCUCCACUUACCUGCAAUCCAGAUAUUACAGAGCUCCAGAGAUUAUUUUGGGCCUGCAGUUUUGCGAGGCCAUUGACAUGUGGUCCCUGGGCUGUGUGAUAGCUGAGCUCUUCUUGGGUUGGCCCCUCUACCCCGGAGCGCUGGAGUACGACCAGAUCAGAUACAUCUUUCAGACUCAGGGCUUACCUGGUGAGCACCUGCUCAACAAGGGGACCAAGACAUCUCGAUUCUUCUCCAAAGAGUCAGACUCGCCGUAUGCCUCCUGGAGACUAAAAACCACAGAAGAGCAUGAACAAGAAACCGGACUGAAAUCCAAAGAGGCCAGAAAGUACAUCUUCAGCUGUCUGGAUGACAUUGCACACGUGAACAUGGUGCUGAGUCCCGAUAGCAGUGACGUGCAAGCAGAGAAGGCUGACAGGAGGGCGUUUGUGUCACUCUUGAAGAGCAUCCUGAUGAUUGAUGCUCAGGAGAGAACUGUUCCCUCCAGUGUCCUCAGUCACCCCUUCCUCACAAUGACUCAUCUGCUUGACUACCCACACAGUCAACAUGUGCAGUCAUCAUUCCGCAUCAUGGACAUGUGCCACAGUCGGUCCACCAGCUCAGUUUUUGAUGCUCUGAACCAGAACACCAUUCAUUUUCCUCGACCUCCUGUAGCUCCAACAGUAUCAAACGGACUACCCUUGGGCUACAGCAAUAUACCGGUCCACACUCAGGCUAUAACCCAGACAGCUCCCUCAGUGUUGCAUCCUGGGAUAGCACUGACGGCUGGGAAUGGACAGUUUGGUUGCAGUGACUCUUUCCCUCCAGCUCUUCUUCUCUGUCCUCCAGCCAUGCAGGGAAACCUUAACCAACCAGCUGGGUAUUCUGUUCCCAUGGUAACUCAGGCUCCUCCCAUACAACCCCUGCCAGUAAGGCCUGGGGUAAUAGCACAGCAGGCCUGGUCUAGUCGGGGUCAGCAACUCCUCGUCCCAGCAGCCUGGCAGCAGAUGACUCCAGUUGGUCCUCCUCCCUCACACCCUCCUCCUCCACCUCCCUCUUCCUUAUCCACUGACACUGUACCCGGCCCACAGAGAAUCAGUGACUGGGGGACAUUGCGCUCCCACAGCAGCCACUACACUUCAGUCAUGCAGCAGCCGCUCCUACCCAAUCAGAUGCCAGCUCUCUCUGCCCAUCAACCAAUGAAUAUUGGCAUCGCUCAUGUUGUCUGGCCCCAGUCUACUAAAAGGAACAGACACAGUCACAACAGGAACCUGUCCCAUCCCACCAACGUCCACAUCUCGGUUUGUCGGACCCCCAAGCUGGCUGAUGUCGUCGGACAGGCGGUUGUAGUUCGAGAGAAUCCUCAGAGGCAGGAUUCUCUGGAGGAAACAGGACGGUCAGAUGUUAGUCACACAGAACAGGAUGAUGACGAUGCAGAGAAGGAAGUGAGCUGCUUCAAAGCGGUGGUUCCAAACGGUAAUGAACACUUAAACCAGUCCAGUCAGCAGCAGCGAGAUGUGGCCGUCCUCAUGGCUGACACUCCGAGCCCUGCGCCCAGUGUGAUCAGCAUCCACAGCGAACUGACAGAUGGGGAAGAUGAAGACCCGCAGAAAUGCUGUCUAAGCGAGUGUAAAGAGGAGUGUGACUGUGAGGCCUGCAGACACACGAGCGUAUCUAUGGAGAGAGUUUGUUCCCUCAGCAGCCCUGACAGCAGCAUCAGCAGCAGCUCGUUUGCCUCCAACUCGCUCCAGUCCAGCCCCUCUGUCUCACCGUGCAAGAGACCCAACAGUAUGUCGGAGGACGAUGGUCAUGAGAGUGGCUGCGACACAGUGGAAGGCUCCCCCUCCUCCAACACAUCAGUUUCCCCACAUGGCAACAAUCCUUACCCUUACCUUGACAACAAAAACCAAAACAACCGCCCACCUUUGGCUGCUAUGGUCGCACCACUGUCUACCCCUGUGGUGCAGGGCAGGAGUCCCCGUGGCAUCAAGACGAUGGUGGUCCCACCAAUGAGAGUGCAGAACAACAACACUCCAGCGACUGAGGAGCGCAUCCAGAGAAUGGUGUCAGACUCCUGGUUCCGGUCCAAAGGGCGCUGCAGCCUCGCAGGGCAACUGAGCGCUCCCUCCACCAUCCCCCUCCUCCCGACUGGCCCCCUCCUGCCUCACCAGCAGAAACUGCUGGGACAGCAGCAGCACCCUCUGGGCUUUGGACAGGUGAAGCCGUACAGCAGCAAAGAGUGGAACGGCAACUACGGGGCACUGCGACCGCACGCCUACAUCCCCCCCACCAUUCUCACACACCUGCCACACAGCAGCCCCACCCACACUUCAGCCGUCCCCCCCACACACACCCUGCUGUCCUACGCUCCCAACGCCACUCUCACUGCUGGCCACCACCCCCACCCCAUGCUGCCCUCUUGUCCUCCUCCACCCUCUCUCCUCCAGCACAGCUACAGCCUCUCCCAUCCUCAAGGAGGCGCUAUAGUACACCAGAUGACCCUGGGCAUCAGUACCCACCCCCACCACCCUGGACACCCGGCACCUCAUCCGCACAGGCUCCUCCCUUCGCCUACUAUACAUCCGCAUCACCAGCCCGGCUACCAUCCUCACCAGUUCAAACCUCCUUUCCUGCCUCCUCCGCUCCCGCCUCACCCCUAUAUGGCCUCCCCGGCUACCUACGCCGGCUUCCCCCUCAGCCCCACCAAGCUCAGCCACCACCCCCAGUUCUCCUAUAUCUGAGGGCUGACAUGGGGCCGCAGCACCACCUUCAGGUGAGGAAGGAGAAUGGCAGAUGGACUGGAGCUGCGACCUGGGCAGUUAGAGCUCGCAGCCGAGCGCAAAAUGCACAUUUGUGAAGAAGAAGAAACUAAUGACUGGGUCACCUUGUUUUUAAUAGGAGAAUGAAAUCCAAAAGUGACAGUUGUGAAGAUGUUAGUUUGUGGUUUCGUCGGGUGCAGUUGGAUCGUCAAGUCCCGAGCGUGUUUGUCAGGCCGACUUAAAAUCACGGUGAGCGUUGGUGAGAACGACUGGUUCCACAAGCGAUCAUUUAAUAAGAGUGAGCAAGCUGCACGUGACCUUGUGCUUUUUUUUUUUUUUUUUUUUU